UGGCAUCAUCAUGCUUAUGGGCAUCCUCAAAUGGUAUAAAAGGGACUUUGCAGUGAUUGUGGAACCACCCCCACCAAAUCCCUCACUUCUAAAGCCUUGUGCUCUGCUCUCCCUGUCCAAAGACACUCAUGGCGUUUACCAAUUGUACCAAACAAAAGAAAAGCAUUGAAGAAUUGUACGAAGCUUUGAAGGAAGAAAACGAGUAUGUGGCCCGAGUAUGCGCUAAUAAGCCUCCUGAAGACCCAUUUCAGGUAAUUGAUGCUCCUUACAACAACACAUUCUUGCAUAUGGCCAUUCGCUUCAAACAAAAGGAUCUGGUAAACGAGGUACUGGGAACGUUGCCUGGACAAGGCAACCAUCAACCUUCCAAGAUAAAAAACAACGGAGGCAACACUAUACUCCACGAAGUAGCCUGCUGCGAUUCUAUGAAAGAUGUGGCAAAGGAAGUGUUGAAGAAAUAUGCGAAGGAAGAUCGAGACUUGCUAAUUGCGCGUAACAACUCAGGAGAGACGCCUAUUUUUUGUGCAGCCCGCUACGGCCAAACUGAAAUGUUUGAGUUUCUGGCUGAGGAAAUGAAACAAAAGGAACAACAUGGUCAACAACAUUUGCAGAGGGAUGAUAAAACGACAGUUCUUCAUAUUUCCAUCACCACUGAGUUUUUUGAAUUGGCCUAUUUCAUUGCGGACAACUACAAAUGUUUAAUUGAAGUAAAGGAUCAGGAUUCAAUGACCGCUCUUCAAUAUCUCGCAUGCAAUCCGACUGCAUUUGAAAGAAAGGGAAUGAAAAAGAGACAAGGAGUUAUGGAAGAACUCAUGAUCCAACUAGAUGUGCCACAUGGCAUCAGGGAGACAUUCAAUAAGUUUAUUUGCAAACAUAAUAACAAGAAAAGUGAUCCCUCCAAUUGUAUCAACCUGACAAGUGAUGGAAGAUGCCCUCCAGUACUUCAAAGACUCAUCAGGCUUUUGGUAGAGAAAACUCCAUCGCAUAUUAGUAUUAAUUCUCAAGCAGUUGGUCCAAGUAAGACUAAGAAGGAGUCGGAAAUACAAGAACAAUCCUCUGAAUUGGCCCAAACAGAGGACGGGCAAGAGUCCCAAACAAAGGAUGGACAACAAUCCUCUAAAUUGCCCCAAAUAGAGGAUGGGCAAGAGUCCCAAACAAAGGAUGGACAACAGUCCCAAAAAAAGGAAGAACAAAACUCCCAAGAAAAUAAAGGGCAAAACUCUAACAAGUACAAGAAGAGCGAUGAAACUCCAUUAUUUUUGGCAACAAUAUCAAACAUUGAAGAGAUUGUUAAAGAAAUACUUAUUUUUCAUCCUCAGAUGCUUGAACAUACAAAUAAGGAGGGAAUGAACAUAUUACAAGUAGCAAUCCUUUACCGCCAUAAUAAAAUUUUUGAUCUGCUGGUAAAGUCUACAAUGCUUCCAAGAAGUCUAUUAUCAGCUACAGAUAAUGAAGGGAACUCCUUACUACAUAUGUUUGGCCAAAAAAGAAAAAGUCAAGCCAAUGAAUGGACGCAAAAUCCGGCAUUCCAACUACGAAAAGAGUUGUUGUUCUUUCAGGAAGUGAAGCAAAACUGUAAGAUGCAUUUGACCAAGCCUCUCAACAAGGAUCACCAGACUGCUGAAGAAUUAUUUGCUGCUUCUAAUGAGACACUCCAUCGAGAAGCCAAGGAUUGGCUAAUGCGCGCCACCGAGAAUUCCACCAUUCUUUCUGUUUUCAUAGCCACUGUUGCCUUUGCGGCAGCCUACACCGUACCAGGAGGUCCUGAUCAAACCACCGGUAUUCCAAUCCUUCACUUUAAACCCUUCUUUGUGGUCUUCAUUUUAGCUGAUGUGAUCUCCCUCACUUCGGCUUUGACAUCUGUGGGUAUAUUUCUCUCCAUCCUUACAUCCUCAUUUCCACUACAACACUUCAAGACAUACCUUUUUAAGAAGCUGACGCUGGGAAUUAAACUUAUGGUCCUCUCAGUCUCAAUGAUGGCGGUGGCAUUUGGAGCCACUAUAGUUCUGAUCAUGACACGUAAUCAGGAAAGUGUUGUUUGGCAUGUGGUUGCAUUUCUUCCUGUCCCCAUUUUCUUUCUCUCAUAUUCACCUCUACGUUCAGCAGUCCUGGUACCUUGCAGUGAAUGGCUCAAAUUAAUUGCAAAGAAUCGUUGCACAGAAUCUCUGAAAAACUUUGUUUCAGAUAUCCUCAUAUUGGUUUGCUGUAUGGUUGUAAUAUUCCUUUUAGUCCUCCUUUACCUUCUCCCCAUAGGUUGUACGUUUAUUAUAUGUAAACCUGUUUGUUGGAUUUGUGGGAACAAAUCCCAGCCCAAAUCCGAGACCGAUUCUCCUCAGCCAACUGCAGCUCCUCCUGAAGUUUGAAAGAAGAAAGAGAAUCUCGUUUCAGAACUCUUUUCAGAGCACAUGCAUGUAUGAAUAAUUACGUAUCACCAGAAUUGUCCUUUUCUUUUCUAUUUCCAAGUAGUAAUAGAACAAGUGCGUGUAAAGUUGAUUUUAGAGAUUCUGUGUAGUACUAGUUGAUGACCCAUUAUGAUGCAUGUAUGUUUUAAAUUUUAAUUUUAGAGAUUCUAUUUAACUACAUAAUUUUAUUACACUUUU